GAAAACCACAACUUGCUCCUAGAAUCCUAUGAGCUCAUUCCUGACUGCAUAGGACCAGUUGCCCUAGUCUAACUAUUUAAAGCUGGGCUGAGUUGUUCGAAGCAGUGAAGCCAGUUCCUCAGGUGGUAUCCAGAGUUUUCACUAUGGGAAGGAGUUAAGUCUUUGUAGGAAGGCAAAGACAAGAUCCAGCACAGCCUGGCCUGGAGUGUACCAAAAACAGAUGUGGCGUGACUCCUGUCCAAGCUGUCACUCACCGGAAACCCAGCCUCUGUCCUUUACUCCAGAGAAGGCAGAAAGAAGGUCCUUCCUGAAAACUGCACUCAAGACGGAAGACAAGGCCUCCUGCCCAUGAGGCCCACGGACUCCCGCCAAGCCGCUCUGCCAGCCCUGUCCUUUCAAAGUUGGAACCAGUAAAACCUAAAUUCUUUGAAGUCCAAACAAGGAUUUCUGUCUGGAUGCACAUUUCCAAAAGGUGUAGGAAGGAAGGACACGGAACGUGCAGGGGCAUGAGGAUUCCUGUGUCCCGUCAGCUCUCUGGAGGGCUUGAGUCGAGACACCCUUCUUCCUUCUCCACUGGCCUCAACAGCAGCUGCCUGUGAGGCCUGCACAGCCUGCGUCCCGGGAGCUGCCGUGCUUGACCGCCUGCAGGAUGUCCAGCCAGGACCUGAGCAUCACUGCCAAACUCAUCAACGGAGGUGUGGCAGGACUCGUGGGGGUGACCUGUGUGUUUCCCAUCGACCUUGCCAAGACCCGCCUGCAGAACCAGCAGGGGAAGGAUGUGUAUAAAGGAAUGACGGAUUGCCUGAUGAAGACCGCACGUGCUGAGGGCUUCUUGGGCAUGUACCGAGGGGCUGCAGUAAACCUCACCCUGGUCACUCCAGAGAAGGCAAUCAAGCUGGCAGCCAAUGACUUUUUGCGGCAGCUGCUCAUGCAGGACGGAAUGCAGCGGAACCUGAAGAUGGAGAUGCUGGCCGGGUGUGGGGCUGGAAUGUGUCAGGUGGUGGUCACCUGUCCCAUGGAGAUGCUCAAGAUUCAGCUGCAGGAUGCUGGCCGCUUAGCCGCCUGUCGUCAGGCCUCUGCCUCAGCCACGCCUCCUCCCCAGCCCUACAGCACUGGCCCGGCUUCCGCUCACAGUCGCCCCUCGGCCACCGCCAUCGCCUGGGAGCUGCUCCGCACCCAGGGCCUGUCUGGUCUCUACAGGGGCCUGGGUGCCACUCUCCUCAGAGACAUUCCAUUCUCCAUCAUCUAUUUCCCCUUGUUCGCAAACCUGAACCAGCUCGGGAUCAGCGAGCUCACGGGCAAGGCCCCCUUCUCGCACUCCUUUGUGGCAGGCUGCGCAGCAGGUUCUGUGGCCGCGGUAGCCGUCACCCCUCUGGAUGUUCUGAAGACUCGAAUCCAGACCCUCAAGAGAGGCCUUGGAGAAGACACCUACAGUGGGGUCAGUGACUGUGCCAGGAAACUCUGGACACAGGAGGGAGCAGCAGCCUUCAUGAAGGGGGCAGGCUGCCGUGCCCUGGUCAUGGCCCCCCUCUUUGGGAUUGCCCAGGGCAUCUACUUCAUUGGCAUCGGAGAGCACAUCUUAAAGCGCUUUGAGUAAUUUAGCGUGUCCCUCAACUGGCUGGCCCUCCACUUGGGGCCUGAUGUCAGUGCUCACGUAUAAGGUGCCCGCCCCAACGUAUGUGGUCUGUAACUUGUAGCGCUACCUCAGAAGAGAUGACCCAUUUGACUAAGCGAGUAGAGCCCUCAUCUCCCUUUAGGAAAACUAAGCUCUGUGGUGCAGCCUACUGGGGGCACCCAGAAGCCCCAACCAUCUUUGUCUAGCAGAAGCGGCCUUCCUGGGUUAUCGUGGCAGGACCAUGACACCUUGGGUAGGGACGGAAGGGGCUGUUUCACACUAACAUUCCCACCACAGGCAGGCGAAGCAGUGGCCGCGGCGUGUGCAGGGUUGGUGUUAGUCUUGGUGCCGAUGUGGUGCAGAGCAGAAGGGCCCCUGGGCUGAACUGUGUACCUUCCUGAGCGUCGCGAAUGGUCGAGUGAGCAGUCAGGCCUUGUCAGCAGCUGUCCUGCCCAGAUGCUCACCCUCAAAAUAGGCCGAUUCCCUCCUAAUGGAUGCUUGUGGGACAAGAUCUGAAAUAAAGCUGGCUAGAUCCUUGUCCUGUAAUCAGCAGAGCAGAUGACUGACAAGGAAUGUCUUCUACGCAACCAAGCUGUGGCCCCUGGGGCCCCACAGCAGUUGCCGACCAUCUUCCAACUGUUGUUCAAGAGUGGAGAGUAGCUGGGGGACCGUCUUUACACUGAACCUGAGUUUGUUUGAAUUAUUUAUGUGCAUGUGUGCCCUGGGGGACCAGAGCGAGCCAGCACUGGGUCCCGUGAAGCUAGGUUAGGGGCCAUUGUGAGCUGCCAGCCGUGGGCACUGAGAACUGAACUCGGGUCCUCUGGAAGAGUAGCAGGUGCCAUCUCUCCAGCUCUUACACUUGAGUCUUGUCUCUCUGUGCCCGUCACCUCAUCACCGUGUCACACUAAGAAACCCAAGCAAGCCUCACCGCCUCCAGUCCUUCCUCUGUAGCCUGCUGCAGAGAAGUGAACGAUGCCGGACGACAUCCGGUUCUGUGAAAACAAUCCUGUUUUAAGAACGGUGCUUCCUGGGUCAGGCUGGAGACAUGGCUGAAUGGUGGAGUGCUUGCUUGGCACACGCCAAGCCCAGGGUUCCACCCCCAGCACCACAUAAGCUGGGUGUGGCGGCACAGGCCUAUAAUCUAGCAUGUAGGAGGUGGAGGCAGGAUAGGAAACUGAAGGUCAUCGUCUGCCAACGGGCAAGUUCUAGGCCAGCCUUGACUGCACGAGACCCCGACAAAAGCCAAAACAAGACUGAAAAGAACCCCCAUUAGGCCCACCUCACUUAAAACUUGGGUCGGGGAGGGGGAGCGGAUGUGCAUGCAAAC